AUGGAGAGAAAACUGCACGAUACUUCGAUCAAUGGAGAUGUGGAUUUACUUAUGGAGCUAAUUGAAGCAGACCCUCUUAUUCUAAAAAAAGUCCCAAUUGAAAAUCCUCUAGCCAUAGCUGCUAUUUGUGGUUACGUUGAUUUUGCUGAGAAGUUGGUGAGUCUUAACAUGGAACUCACAGUGGAGAGAGAUGAGAAAGGUUUCAGUCCUCUACACUUUGCUGCACAGAAAAGUAGUGUCCAAAUGGUUAAAUUGCUGAUAGAAUCAAACCCCGAUGUUUGUAUGUUCACUGAUUCAUGGGGAAGAUGUCCUCUGCACUUGGCUGCCAUGAGAGAUAGCAAAGAGAUUACUGAGAUUUUGCUUGAAGCGCAGCCAGAAGCAAUGACUCUGAAAUCUGAAUUUCAAAGCGAAACCAUUUUUCAUUUGUGUGUGAAGGAAAACUCCCUCAAAUCUCUUAAAGUCUUGGUGGAUAAAAUGAACAACGAUGAAAUCCAACCUGAUUAUCAAGAACCUACAACACUAUCUUUUAAAUCUAGGGACGGAGAAGGCAACACUUUGUUGCAUGUUGCAACAGCAAAACGGAACCUCAAGAUUAUUCAUUAUCUGCUGGACAAUGAACUAGUUGAAAAGGAUGCUAAGAACAGCAAAGGAUACACUGCUCUCGAUGUUCUUAUGAAAUCUGAGCAAAGAGAUAUCAUGGAUAAGGAACUGCAAUGUGUUCUUCAGAAAGCUGGAUUAGUACCAUCGGAUGCACAACAAUAUAAGGAAAAACAAGAUCAUCCCACAGCUACUACAAGGAUGAAGUCGGACCAAGAUAAUGGGAGAUGGAUCAAAGAUAACAACAACACAUUAAUGGUAGUAGCAUCAGUUCUGGCAAGUAUUGCCUUCCAGGGUGGUCAAUACCCACCUGGUGGGGAUUGGAGGGAAACUAAGAGGUUGUAUCAUGAUGGAACCAUAAGAGACCUCAACCCUAAUGUCAGUCGAGAUAUGGACCGCAAUGACCCAAACUUCAGAGCUUACCUAGUGGCUGGAUCGCCGGUGAUGGCCUAUGAAGAUAUUAAUUCAUGGGCACUUUUCACGGCACUAAUCAGCAUUGCAUUUCUAUCAUUUAUGUGUGUUAUGUUACUUCAGAUCAGUGGAUUUCGGUUCAGGCAACAGAUGCUGAGCAAGAUAUUCUUCAGGAUUCUUGUUGUAGUGCUUUGGUUUGCAAUAACAUGCAUGACUUCAGCUUACUUGAUAAACUUGUAUGUCUUUGCUCCUGUAGGAAAAGAACCUAUGGACUGGAAUGUAUCCGGGUUCUGCCAGGUUGUUAUUAAUGGUGGUGCUGUAGCAUGGAUAUGGCUAAUUGCCAUAGUCAUCGUGUCACACAUCGUUCGCUUCAGCUUAUGGUUCCUCCAGUAUACAGGGAUGAUGAAGAAGCUCCAGUCUAUUGGGUUGAAGAACAUGCUCCAGUCUAUUGGGUUGAAGAAGAUAACAACAGAAUGA